AUGGCCCGGCACGGCAAUUGCGUCCUCCCGGGCACCACGGCGAUAGCUCGGAUUGCGAUGCAGACUGACCAUCAGGCGGCGGGAGCCGGCCCACAUCAGAAUCCCAAAUGCAGACUGACCAUCAGGCGGCGGGAGCCGGCCCACAUCAGAAUCCCAAAUCCUAUGGCGGGAGUCGGUCCGAUUCAGAAUAUGGCGUUCCGGAUCCUCGCCGCCGCUGCCCAUAAAGGGCGCCUGUCUUUCCCCCUCGGCCUGAUUCCUUCAUCCCCAUCUUCCACCACAUUGCACCGCAACAGCUGCCCCCAUCCCUCCAACCUCCUCCCCAAACAAGCCACCCCCCAAAAAACUGACCAAACCCCGCUAGACCGCUAA